AUGGCGAGUAUCAGCGACGACGAGCACCUCCAAUUGGCGCCCCUCUACAAGAAGCCCUUUCCCCAACGCAACACGUCGCUUGCCUUCAUCCAGAACAAACUCCGCCGAUUGAGUGGCAGUUCUUCCGGGGGCAGUAUCCUAUCUACAGUCGACAUCAAGGGCCCUCUCGGUUUAAACCUUCUACACGAGCCAUCAGAACCUCGGAUUGACUUCAUAUUCAUACACGGGCUUUUUGGGGGAUCAAGAAAAACAUGGAGCUAUUCCCAAGAGCCGGGCAUGUUUUGGCCCAAGGAGUGGUUGCCAAAUGGGGUCGGAUUUGGGCACGUCCGAUUGCACAGCUAUGGCUACAACUCAGAUGGCUCGAGGAGGGAAAGCUCCCUUACAGUCCAUGAUUUUGCCCAGGCUUUGCUUGCCGAUAUCCACAACUCACCAGAGUUGCGCAAGAAUGGUGAUACCCCGAUCGUGUUCGUUGCCCAUAGUAUGGGAGGGUUGGUUGUCAAAAAGGCCUACUUGUUAGCCGUCAACGACCCGAUCUACAAAAGUGUGGGCCAUCGAAUUCAUACCAUGUACUUCCUGGGGACGCCGCACCGCGGAGCUGAUUCAGUCCAAAUUGCACGGAUUAUCCGGUAUUCCGCCGGCUACAGGAACAAAGGCUACCUCGACGACCUCGUUCCUGGAAGUGGCACGCUAAAUCAAAUCAAUGACGAAUUCCGCCAUGUCUGUAGCAAUGUACGACUUUGGUCCUUCUUCGAGGGGGUGCCGACAGCUUUCGGUCCUCUGUCCGAGCCAAAGCCAACACAACAAUUUUAG